CUAUUCUCGCCUAGGCUUUCUGGGCCUACGUAGCUACGGUCACACAGCGCCGAGCAGAAAGCUCGCGGAAAAAUUCGGAAGAGGCGGAAAAGUACGAUACGCGCGACAUUGCAAAAGGCGGAAGCAGAUUACGUCCGCGAAACGAACUAGUUGACUUCAUAAUUACAUAAUCGGGAGCCCAGUAAGGAGAAGUGCUGCGAGAUGGCCAACAAAGUGUUGCGAAAGGUGACGCACUGCGUCUUCGACAUGGAUGGCCUGCUGCUGGACACGGAGAGGAUAUACGAGGAGGUCACCCGGCAAAUAGCCGCCUCCUUCGGCCGCCCGUAUCCGGUGGACGUGCGAUUCCGCGUAAUGGGCACCACGGAGCAGCGCUCGGCGGAGAUAGCCAUCACCGAGUGCCAGCUGCCCAUCACUACCAACGACUUCCUCAAACGGUACUCGCAAAUGUGCCAUGAGCGACUCAACAACGUUCCCCUGCUGGAAGGUGCUGAGCGCCUUCUGCGUCACCUGCAUGCCAACAAGAUUCCCUUCUGCUUGGCCACCAGCUCCGGCGCCGACAUGGUGGAGCUGAAGACAGCACAGCAUCGGGAGCUGUUCGGCCUGUUUAACCACAAGGUCUGCGGCUCCACGGACAAGGAGGUGGUCAACGGCAAGCCUGCGCCCGACAUUUUCCUAGUGGCCGCCGCCAGAUUCGGUGUGCCGCCCAAAGCGUCCGACUGCCUGGUGUUCGAGGACUCGCCGAACGGAGUGACGGCGGCCAACAGCGCCGGAAUGCAGGUGGUGAUGGUGCCGGACCCACGACUGUCCCAGGAGAAGACCUCGCACGCCACACAGGUGCUGGGCUCCUUGGCGGACUUCAAGCCGGAGCAGUUCGGACUGCCCGCCUUCACGGAUUGAGCUUAAUGGCUGAUGUACUUUUUGUUGCCGAGCGAUGCUAUUGCUGUAACUAGAAAUUGAUGUACCUACCAAGCAAAUGAAUUUAAGUGUAAAGUGUUAUCCCAUAUACACGUAUUUGUGCAUAUAGCA